AUCGAGCAGAAUCGAUUUCUAUCUCGCUUUUGUUUACAUUUGCACAGUUCUCAUCAUUGAUUUAUUUAAUCAAUUAAGACGAGGAGCUUCACGGUAAAUGUUUCCCUUCGUCUGAGCGUCUUGACAGCCGCAGUUUAACGAUUUUAGCCGAGUCUUGCCCGGUUUAGCUGUGUUGGUGGGUAACGAAUGUGCCUCUUACUGCAGAUGUGUUUAGAAUAUGAAUAAUCUAAACAUCUCGCAUUGAUCUUCAGUUGGUGAUCAAUUGUGUUAGUUCUGUAGUUGUUUUGAAGCUAGUGUUAGCGUCAUGGGAGCCGAGCAGAGCGCAGAGUCGGAGCACAAACACCUCGAUUACAGCUCAUCAGCUGCUCCGUCCCCUGCGAAGCAGAAGGCAAAGAUGGAUGAUAUUGUAGUUGUUGCUCAGGGGACUCAGUCCAUGAGAAACAUCCACAACGACCCAGAUGUCAUCAAGCUGCAGGAGAUCCCCACCUUCCAGCCUCUCCUGAAAGGAGUGCUGAGCGGCCAGACGUCACCCAGCAGCGUGAGCCUGGAGAGGCUGGAUGCUGCUCAGGUCCUGCAGCUCUGCGUCCGAUACCAAGACCACCUUCACCAGUGUGCCGAGGCCGUGGCGUUUGACCAGAACGCCCUGGUCAAACGCAUCAAGGAGAUGGACCUGUCAGUGGAGACCCUGUUCAGCAUAAUGCAGGAGCGGCAGAAACGAUACGCCAAGUAUGCAGAGCAGAUCCAGAAGGUGAACGAGAUGUCCAUGAUCCUGCGUCGCAUCCAGAUGGGCAUCGACCAGACCGUUCCACUGAUGGAGCGCCUCAACAACAUGCUGCCCGAGAGCGAGCGCCUGGAGCCCUUCAGCAUGAGGCCCGAUGGCGAGCCCGCCACCAAGUAACCCGACGGACACACAGCUGCUUAAGAGGAUGAGAAAGUCUUUGGGUUUCAUUGUCAGGCAUUAGACUGUGGCACUGAAGCUGGAUGGACGUGAUGUGGAGGCCUGCAGAUUCUCAGAGGUUUGGAUAGAUUCAUUUUGGAUCGUGCAUGUCCUGUUACAAAUUAAUGCUCUGUAUUAUUGAGCUGCUCAGAGGAAAGCAGACACAGAGUGUGAACAACGGAUGACAACGUUUCAAAACUCUUUGGUUUGGAUCUUUUUUGUGUUGAAUAAUCAUCUGCAUGCUAAAUCACUCCAGCCACAUGAAGUCAGUUGAGUCGCCAUUUUUUCGUGGAUGUCACCACGUUACCAGUAAGCAGUGAUUGCUCAGAGUCAGUCUGAAUCGCUGUUUCUAUGGCAACCAUUCCCACCAAUCAGGAGUGAGCUUGUUGGAAGGCCACACCCCUAUCGGAAUCGUUCUACGUGAGACCACCUACUUUUAUUGAGGCAUCUGAUUGUCAGUUUAUGGCUUGAUUAGCUUGUACUAUGGAAAAAAAUAACCUGAAAUAAAAGAUGAUCAAGAAGAUGUUAAAAAAGUAUCAGAACAAGAAUGUUUAUUCUGACCAAUAGAAUGACUGAAUAACAGCUGCUUAUUUCUCUAUAGAAGUCUAAAGGAUUACUGUUCUUGGAGCCACUUCCUGUUUGGAACGCCAGUGGGGGGGGUCACUCAGUCCAGUUCUCAUACACAGUCAAUGGUAAUAAUGGUGAUCCUUCAUUUUUUAAAGUAGCAGAAGUGAACAAUCAUUACCACAUGUCCACAUUAGUACUGUUUUUUUAACCUCCAAGGAACAAUUUAGAAUCAUCAACCAACCUGAAGCCUGUUUGAAAAAUCUGGAGCCUGAAGAAAGGCCUCGCUCACAUUAAACCAGGAAAACUCCACACUGACUGGACUAAACCAAAAACCUUGCUCCAUAGGAAAUGAAUGAGAAAUUGCUCAGAUCCUUCAAAAGCUUUGUGCACUUUGGAAGUUGUGAACUACUGCACAGUUUCAGCUUAAGAGACACCAUUCAAACUUUAACAUGUUCAGCAACAAUACACGGUUUUUAGGGUAGGGGUUUAGCUUUUAAUUUAGCAAUCUGCUAGCUGUUCUUGGCUAAUUUAAACAUUUUUCUAGUUCUUUGGAUUGAUCUGGAAUGUAACUAAUACUUUAGCUUUAUGCUAGCUGUUUUGGCUAAAUUAGAAAUGUUUCACUUUUUGGGCUGAUUUGGCAUUUAGCUAUUAUUUUGGCAACAUAUAAGCUUAAGCAUUUGAAGCUAUCAAUCACAGCAUUUUCAGCUCUAGCAUGUUUAGCGGCCACCUUCAGUUUACAGCAUUCACACCUGCAUUAUUGCAGGUGUGAAUGCUGUAUAUCUAGUUCAAACUAUUGUGAAUCUGGAGCAGAUGAACGAAUAUGGUUUGAAAAAGAUCAUAUUGGUGA